CUAAAUGUGAAGACAGUCCGAACCCUCAUGCUUAUCGGGUAUCUGUAAGUGCUGUACGUUGACAUUGAUCCCAAUAUUAUAUUCAAGUAUAUUUUGGAGCAUGCCAGUUGCCAGUUAAGAUAAAGCACUAUUGGUGGCCAUCCCCGCUGCCAGAAUCGACCGUAGCGCAUCCCAAUCGGGAUGCCUUGUAACUAACACUAGCUUGGGGUCUCAGAGAUUUGAGCCUCUACUGUAAUCUAUUUUCUUUGGUGUGGACAGUGGAAUGUUUUAAUUGAACUUUUAUUUGCCUCAUUCAUAAAAACUUUAAAAUGCUAAUUGAACCGGUGCUGUCCAACCUCGCCGAAAAUUAUGGGAAGCCUCCAGAGUGCCAGAACCCCCUGCUGGCACGUCUUGGAGAGCCUCACCUAGACUCCUUUAACUAUAUGUUACAACAAGGUCUCAGCGAUUCUUUAAAAGAUAUAAUUCCGGUACACAUUCUCCUCGCGAACAACGACAAAGUAUUACUCUGGAUAAAAGAUGCGUCAAUAUACCAGCCGGCAAUUCCCACAACGACAGUGGGUGCCAAGAGUCACAAGAUAUUUCCCACAGAAUGCAGACAGAGAGCAGCUACAUACAAAGGUAAACUGAUGAUCAAACUGGGAUGGUCGAUAAACGGUCAACAACAAGAGAGCCUCGACAAAGAAUUAGGAGAUAUUCCGAUAAUGGUCAGAUCUCAAUGUUGUCAUCUGAACAAACUCACUCCGGCGCAGCUGGUGAGCAAAGGCGAGCAUGAGCAGGAGUGGGGCGGUUACUUUAUAAUCAAGGGACAUGAGAGACUCAUAAGAAUGCUGCUGAUGACACGUCGAAACUAUCCCAUAGCCAUCAGGAGAUCUGGCUGGAAGGGGAGAGGAGCCCUUUUUAGUGAUCUUGGUCUCCUCCUGAGGAGUGUCCGAGAUGAUAAUACAGCCACCAAUAAUACCCUCCACUACGUCACUGAUGGAACAGCCAAGCUCAUGUUCACACACAAAAAAAUUCUCUACUACGUUCCCAUCAUUCUCAUGCUCAAAUGCCUAGUCGACGUAUCUGAUAAAUACAUUUAUGACGCAUUACUUGCAGGUUGUGAAGACGAUUUAUACUAUAAAGGUUGUAUCUUGAACAUGCUGAGAGCUGUUCAUGAGGAGAAACUUCACUCUCAUGAUCAGUGUAAACGUUAUAUUGGGAAAAUGUUCAGGGUGAGACUGCUAGAAGUCCCACCAGAUACUUCUGAUGCUGGGGUUUGUGACUUUAUCAUUCAGAAGUGUAUAGUGAUACACCUAGACGACCCCAAGGACAAAUUCAAUUUGUUAAUUUACAUGACAAAAAAAUUAUUUUCCCUAGCUAAUGAGAAUAGCGCUGUUGAAGGAGCUGAUGCUGUCAUGAUGCAGGAGUGUCUCCUCGGUGGACAUUUAUAUCUCCAAGUCCUUAAGGAGAAACUCCAUACCUGGCUGAGUAUUUUGAGAAUGUCGAUCUUGAAACGUGCAAAAACAGUGGGAAAUAUUUUUCACAUUACACCGCAGGAGAUGUUAACAGCCAUGAAACAUACUGGUACCAUUGAGAGCUCAAUGGAGAAUUUUUUGUCAACUGGCAAUAUAAAAUCUCAGGCUGGCCUUGGAUUGAUGCAAUACUCAGGUCUGACUAUUGUGGCUGAGAACAUUAAUAGAAUGAGGUAUAUGAGCCAUUUUAGGGCCAUCCACAGAGGAUCUUUCUUCCAAGAGAUGAGAACAACGGAGGCUAGACAACUAUUACCUGACGCCUGGGGCUUCAUCUGCCCUGUCCAUACGCCUGAUGGAUCCCCCUGUGGUCUUCUCAAUCACUUGACAAUGAAUUGUGUUGUGACAAAGCACCCCGACAAAACAUUGAAAUCUGCAAUUCCCACGGUUUUACUAGACUUAGGAAUGACACCACUAUCAAUUGCAGAUAAUUAUAACAAUUCCUAUACCGUUUUGGUGGAUGGAAAUGUGAUAGGUCUCAUUGAAGAUGAUAUAAUCACCAAAGUUGUUGAUAAACUUCGAUUACUAAAGAUUGACGGUGACAAGGUGCCAAAUACCAUGGAAAUUGUCCUCGUCCCCAAGAGUAAUGUACCCUCUCAGUAUCCAGGGCUAUUCAUCUUUACUGGACCAGCGAGAAUGAUGAGACCAGUGCUAAAUCUCGCCGUCAAUAAAGUCGAGCUUAUUGGAACCUUCGAACAGGUCUAUCUAGAAAUUUGUAUUGUACCUGAAGAGCAAAAUGCCUUGACAACACAUCAAGAAUUAGGAAAAACGGCAUUCCUGAGUAAUCUCGCUUGCCUUAUCCCCAUGCCGGACUGCAAUCAGAGUCCGAGAAAUAUGUACCAGUGUCAGAUGGGUAAACAGACAAUGGGAACACCCUGUCACACCUGGCACCUUCAAGCAGAAACAAAAUUGUACAGACUCCAAACACCUGCAACUCCUCUAUUCAGGCCUGUUCAUCACGACAAUAUUAAUCUUGAUGAUUUUGCCAUGGGAACAAAUGCCAUCGUUGCCGUCAUCUCUUACACUGGUUACGACAUGGAGGAUGCAAUGAUUAUCAACAAGUCUGCUUACGAGCGAGGAUUCGCCCACGGAAUGAUUUACAAAUCUGAAUUCAUCGAUUUACCUGAUACUACUAGCUAUUUUGCAAGACAGCCGGAGCAGCCCAAUUUAUGUGAAAAGCUGGAUGCAGAUGGUUUACCGAAUGCCGGUUGUAAACUACAAACAGGGGAUCCUUAUUACUGCUUUUACGAUGGGCAGCAAGGAAAAUAUGUGGUUGGGAAGUACAAGGGAAAAGAGGAUGUCGUUGUUGAUAAUAUACGACUAUGUGGAACAACUCAGGCUCGUCUACCCAGAAAAGCAUGUAUUACCUUUCGACUUCCCAGGAAUCCACAGGUAGGUGAUAAAUUUGCAUCUCGAGCUGGACAGAAAGGUAUUUGUUCACAAAAAUGGGCCACCGAGGACCUCCCAUUCACCGAAUCUGGUCUAAUUCCAGAUAUCGUUUUUAACCCCCAUGGUUUUCCCAGUAGAAUGACCAUUGCUAUGAUGAUUGAAGUGAUGGCUGGCAAGUCAGGUGCAGUCCACGGACUUGUUCAUGAUGCAACGCCUUUCAGAUUUAAUGAGAAUGAUACAGCUGUUGAGUAUUUUGGAAAAUUAUUAGAACUCGGGGGAUACAAUUACUACGGAACAGAGAAAAUGUAUAAUGGAAUUGAUGGACGAGAAAUGACUUGCGAGAUAUUCUUUGGUGUCGUACAUUAUCAAAGACUUCGCCACAUGGUCUCUGAUAAAUGGCAGGUCAGAAGCACUGGAGCCAUUGACGUCAGAACCAGACAACCAAUUAAAGGGAGACGACGAGGAGGCGGUGUUAGAUUUGGAGAGAUGGAGAGAGACUCACUCAUAUCUCAUGGAUGUGCUUAUCUCUUACAAGAUCGACUAUUUCAUUGUUCUGAUAAAACAUCAGCGACUAUCUGUCGUAAGUGUGGAACACUUGCUGGGCCUGUGGUGGAGGUUGUGAGAAGUAGCAAAUCAACAGUUGGAACUACACGACGCUGCAAUCUCUGUAGAAGCGAUGAAGAUCUAGGAGAAAUUGAUAUUCCGUAUAUUUUUAAGUAUCUGGUCAGUCAACUUGUCUCGUGUAAUAUAACUAUAAAAAUGACUUUUGAUGAGACGUGAGGAGCAAAUGUAGAUCAGUUUUUUUUCUCAAAUUAUCUAAUUUGUAAAUAAAUAAUUUGAAAACAAGGGAUGUGACAUAACAUAAUUUUUAUUACGCAUAAUACUUUAUGUAGUUUUAUCUCAUUUUUCAUUCUACUCAUAAGAUCAACUCUUUAUAUAUUUAUAUUACACAAUUCACCAUUUUACACAAAUUCCAAUAAGUAUUGGCGCAUCUGGGUAUGUUUAAUGCUGUCGUAUUCAUACCUUGCGAAUGUAUUUACAUAUUUAGAUUAUAUCACUGUGUAGGAGAAUUAUGAAUAAGAAAGAGUCAAAAACAAGACAUAUCUCUCGAUAUUUAUCCUUGAAAUUCCUCAUCAUAAAGAUCAUCGAUAUUUCAAUAAAAUGUGAGAAAUCGAUUGCUGUUAUAUAUUAAAUUUCUCCGAAAUUCACCUGACAAUUUGUUUUAAGACAUAAAAUUAUGUAGCAUGACAACUCUCCUGGGGAACAAUUUCAUAAUUUUCGUCAAUAAAAUUCGUGAAAUUAAAAA